UUUUAGCGGAAAAAUUGAUGUAAUUCUUAUAAGUUUCACGAAACAGCACGGCUGCGUUCAAGGAACGCGCUAUCAGCACCAUUCUUGUUUUAUGUAUAAAUUUUCCAAAAACCAUUAAACCUAUUUUAUGUCUAAAUAUUAAAUUUAUACAAUAGCGCUGAAAGUGCGCUCCUCGAACGCUGUUUACGUGCACGUUUUGUACAUCAAAAUUAAAAUGAGCACGGCAAAGUAACGCUUAGAGACGUUUGAUCUAAGUUCCCUUUAUUUUUUUCAAUUUUUUUUAGAAUUUUCUUUUUCAAUCAUGACUUUGAAGUUGUUUUACGAUCUACUCUCACAACCCUCGAGAGCAUUAUAUAUAUUUCUCAAAAAGUGUAACAUACCGUUCGAAAAGAAGAUUGUAAAUCUGAAGAAUCUCGAGCAAUAUACUCCAGAAUUCGAACGGAUCAAUCCAUACAAGAAAGUUCCUGCCAUAGAGCACGAUAGCUUCAAUCUCUCUGAAAGCGUAGGGAUUGUGCGAUACAUCAGUCGAGAAUUUAAAGUAGACGAUCACUGGUAUCCGUCC